UACUUUACAAUGCAGAAUAACAGAUCAAAUUUCGUUAAAACAACUAAAGUUUGAUCUGUUUCUGCACGAAGGAUAGUUUACGUACAGUAUAAAUAGCUGGUAAGUACCAUUCAGUAUCUAUUGGUUUUCGUCUCGUCAGUUAAACUAGCCAUAGAAAAUGAAAGUUGCAGGCAUGUACAAACCCAAGUAUUUGGUUUCAUUCCAGAUUUCCUUGGCUCUGUUUUUAAUGGCAGGAGUGGGUUUCUCGGCAGAAAAGAAUCUAAGUCCCAAGCACUUUAAUUACCUUGUUUACCACAAUCCACCUUUCGAUUUGUUGACUCGUGGACCAAAUAACACCUUUUCAUAUUUCGGUGCCUCAUUUUACGUGGUAGAAUGGCUAUCGGCGAAAUUUAAUUAUACAUACACAUUAAUUCCUGUCAAUCAAACUAUAAUUGAAAAAUAUGGUACGCACGAGGCGUUGUUCUAUCAACUGAUUAAUGACAAGGAUAUUGACGGAAUUACGGGAUCAUUUUACCUUACUAUGGACCGAGCGGAGCGAAUGGAUUACACGUUCCACACAUGGUCUGAUGGAUUUAGGCUUGUUGUUCCCAGAGCAGGAGAAGAAAGCCGAUUAUUCGCCUUUAUUGGUCCAUUUGAACCCAUGGUUUGGCUGCUGAUCUUCAUAAGCAUAAUAGUGGUAGUCGCCAUGAUGACGCUCUUUGCAAUGGUUUACAGAUAUUAUCCAUGGAGUGCAUGUGACGUCACCAAUAAUAAAAUAACUCCGGAAAUAUCAAGGCAACGGAACAAAAAAACCUGAUCUGAAAAUUUUGUUUUUAAUUACAUCGGCGCUCACAUGAUUUAUGUCGUGAACAUAAUGACAAACCAAGGGAGCCGCGAAGCAUCCAGUCUCUACUCCUUUCGAAUCCUAGCUGGCAUUUGGGUUCUCUGCGCCAUGGUUUUGGUCAAUUCCUAUACGGGCAUUGUUAUUUCUUCGCUGACAACACCAAAAAUGAAGCCGUCUAUUGAGUCAUUUGAAGAUCUGGUAGCAAGUCCAGACAUUAAGAUACUCCUCCGACAUGACACGUCGAUCGGAGAACAAAUAUUGAAGGCAACAUAUGGCGUUUAUAAAGUUCUUGGCGAUCAAGCUCGUAGUAAUCCAGAGCAAAUAGUCAGUGACGCAUUCACUGUCAGUGCGAGAUUGGAAACCGGUCGCUAUGCUUUUCCGUUUGUUCAAACUUAUAGUAUUGCUUUCGUCGGCUCACAAUAUAAGAAAGAUAAGAAGUGUCGUUUUAAAGCAUCGAAACUAUUGCCUACUUCAACUGGAUAUUACUCUUGGCUUUUCAAAAAGAAUAGUCCAUAUACGAAAGUUUAUAGCAGAGCGCUCAUGGACUACUGGGAAAGUGGAUUACUUAAUUUCUUGAUCAAGUUCUUGCCUACUAUACCUAGGGCAGAGCAAUGUUUUAUCAGUUCAACACGCCGAGUGGCUCGUCUACUUCCCAUCCAGUUGUCUGAUUUGACUAGCGCUUUCCUCAUUUUAGGAAUCGGCAUUGGAUUGGCGGUGUCUACUUUCUUAUUGGAACUACUGUACUCGAGGUACCGGCGGUAUAAAUAAUUUUAGUUCAUUGCAAACGAUCUAAAUUACCGCAAACGUGUCGUGCGUAUUUUUCGUAGUGGUUGUUCCUUUAGCAUAAAUAACCCUCUAUUGCAAUGUAUUGUACAGCUGGCGGAAAGUGAAUUUGAGUAAUUUCUACCCACAAGAUAUUUUGCUGACCCACAGUCCCCGUGAAACUAAAACACCAUUGCACAAAAGGUACACAGUUUUGCAAAGAGCUUAUAUCAGUAAUAUAAAUGUCAACCUCCUUGUUCUAUGUAUUGUGGUUUAAGCAACAUUAAAUGUUUUAUUUACGUUUACAGAUUAUCU